UUUCUUGAGUUCUCAGCAAUUUGUAAAACAGUUUGAAGCAUCGAUUAUUGUUUCUGAAUAUCUUCUAGUGUUAUACAACAAGCGGGUGAACUAAUUCUCCAUUGUUACACGAAGUGGGUCAAUCAAAAUUUAAUUCGAACUUGCUAUAGGUGUGAUAAUGGGAGAUAAAUUUGUGUGUGUGGAAGUUGAAACCACAGGUUCGUCAUCCAAGUUAAUAUUGAAGGUGACUGGUGUUGGGGAUGGAAUAACGUAUCAAGAGUUGGUGAAUGAAAUUCAUAAACGUUGUGAUCUAAAUUGUGAUCCAUCUAAAUUGAACCUAAAGUACAAGCGGAGGAUAAUUGAUAGAAUAGUUGAUGACAUAUCAUAUUUUCCAUUGAAAGAUGAUUAUGAUUUGCGUGUGUAUUUUCGAGUGUUUGAUGAGCGUGGAGCAGGACCUGUACUUGGAGUAUCUUUGGAUGAUAAUAGUGAUGUGGUAGAAAAAGUUAGCACUCUUGAUCCAUUGCUCUAUGAUGUGAGUAACAACUUUGGGGUAGUUAAUGAUCAUAAUGAUAAUGAUUUGGAAGAACAAAUUGUUAUGGCUGAUGAUACAUUUUUUGGGGUUGAUACAUAUUGUGAGGAUGAUUUGGGUGUUGCAGAUGUUGGUGAAAAAAGUGGUGACGAAGAACACGAUGUAGGUGGGGAAACUACAGAAGUUGGUGUUUUGGCUUUGGAUAAACUUCAUUCACGACUAUUGGCAUUGGAUAAUUUAGACGAUGGGGUGACACAUGAGGAUGAUAAUGAAGCUAAUGAUGAUGAAGUACUCAAAUUUAGUGAUGGUUCGGAUUUGUGUGUAGGAAAAAUAUUUGAUGGCAAGGAAGAAGUGUUGAAGAACCUAAAAAUGAUUGCGAUGAAGGGUAAAUUUCAAUACAAGAGAAAUAGGUUUAAUCCGUCGUUGGUUGUAGUAGCUUGUGUGGUUGAGGGGUGCACUUGGCGGGUUCGAUUCAAGAAGAUGGGAACAUCCAACCAUUUUGAAGUUAGAACUUAUGUUGGUUAUCAUACUUGUGGACUUAAAAGUGCAGCAAAGGGACAUAGACAAGCUUCAUAUGAUGUAAUCGCUGAAUUGUGCAUGUCAAGAUUUGGUUGUGGCAUAGGCCCUACACCAAAAGAGCUUGGUUGUGAUGUCAGUAUUGGAGGGCAUGGAAAGCAAGACAAGAGGCAAUGGAAAAGGUGAGAGGCAGUCCUGAACUUGGGUAUGCAGUCUUACCAGCAUAUUUUGAAGCACUUAAGAGAAGAAAUCCUGGAACGGUGACAGCUUAUGAACUUGAGGAUAAUCGAUUCAAGUAUUGUUUUAUUGCUUAUGGUGCAGCAUUGCAUGGAUUUCAAUUCUUGACAAAAGUUAUUUGUUUGAUGGGACCUUCUUGACCGCAAGGUAAGGAGAUGUAUUGCUUUGCGCAAGCGCACAAGAUGGUAAUAGGCAUAUUUAUCCUCUUGCAGUUGCAGUGGUUGAUUCAGAAAAUAAUAAGUCUUGGAAGUGAUUCAUGGAAAAAUUAAAAAAUUGCAUCCCUGAUGACGCCGAGCUUUGUUUAAUUUCAGAUCAUCAUGGGAGCAUAAUAAAAGCUAUUGCUGAAGUGUACAGUGUGGCACAUCAUGGAUGUUGUGCAGUUCACUUAUGGGAAAAUCUAAUCAACAAUUUCAAAUGCUACGAGCUUCAGAAAACCUUUCAGCAAGCUUCAAAAGCUUAUACAGUUAAUGAGUUCAACACAUACUUUGAUAUAAUAAAAAGUGCAAAUAAGAAGGUUUGGGAGUAUCUAACAGAUGUAAGGAACAAAAGAGCAAGAUAUAAACCUCAAAUGCAGCCGAUAAGCCAGCUACCGUGUAAUUCACUGGGGUCUUCUCUGGUUUCUCUCCCUU